GUGGCAAUUUAUUAUUUGCUGAACCGACGUAAGAAAGGAGAAAACAAGAGAAAUAGAGAGAGGAACCACUGAUAAAAGCUAGGCCCGUUGAGAAUUUUCUGGAUUCUGCAACACAGCUCCAACGAACCAUGGCAUACGUCGAGAGAGGUGUGGUGAAAUCCAAGCGUUCUAUAUGGCGAUUGAAGACUAUGACUGAUUUCUUUUGGUCCAUCAUCAACUUCAUUAGCGUGUUUUUUGUUACUAUGUUUUCGAUGGAAAAAACAGACUCCUACAAAAAAGGUUCAGGAUCCAGCAAGAAGUGGGAUGGAGGUGGUCCUGGAGGUCCUGGAAGUGGUCCAUAUGGUGGUGGUCCACGUGGGCCACCCCGUGGGAUGGACAAUGUCCGAGGCAUUGACCACAGCUCUCUUCCUGCCUGUGGUUCUUGCUGCGGAUAAAUGCUGACUAUGCUACUUUUGAGAAUCUAUGAUUUGGGAUCUUAUUCCAUAAACACAUGUACUGAAUUGUAUGUAGAUUUCUGCACUUAUGCUUACAUUCGAAACUCGGAAGCGUGUUCAUAUGUCCCUUUCAUCCUAAAACUUGAAUAGAACUCAAGAUAGUUUUCUUAUUUUGU